AAAAAAUAUAUCUACUAUCCAACCGCCGUACAGCUGAGCAAGGUGUGCUUGCUGUGCACCCAACCCUAAUAGAGUGGGCAACACAAGCGACGUUUUUUUUCUUUCUCUCUUCCGGCUGCCAACUGAAGGCAAGAUGCGUUCCGUCACGCUAAAAGAUGUUGAACAAGACAAGGUCGUCAAGACCGUCGCCGCCCACUUGAAGAAGACGGGCAAAGUGAAGGUACCUGAACACAUGGACCUUGUGAAGACUGCUCGCUUCAAGGAGCUGGCCCCUUAUGACCCCGACUGGUUCUACGUAAGGUGUGCUGCAGUUCUGCGCCACAUCUACAUCCGCUCCCCAGUCGGAGUUAAGACCGUCACCAAGAUCUUCGGAGGUCGUAAACGCAAUGGAGUCACACCUUCACACUUCUGCAGAUCAUCAGGAAGCAUUGCUCGUAAAGCUCUACAGGCCUUAGAGGCCCUCAAACUGGUUGAGAAGGUUCCAGAUGGUGGUCGUAUUCUCACAGUGCAGGGCAGGCGUGAUCUGGACAGAAUUGCUGCUCAAGUCCGCCUAAAGGCGAAACAACAGGCUAAGCAGAGUGUAAUUGUCCUCUAUGUUUGUGUAUGGACAUGCAGUGAUCUCAAAAUGUUGUUAACGUUUGGACGUUAUACGGUGUUAAUUCCGUUAGUGUUUUGUGUAUCAUUUGCUAUUAGCUUGAGGCAUUAUGGUACUUCAAGUGGGACCCUAUAUGUUGCGGAAGAUUUGGCUGAAAAGACUCACCAAUAUCAUAUAGUAAAUAGAGUUGGUGAAGUGGAUAAUACACAAAUAGAAAGGAGAAAACGUGAAGCGGCCCCGUCGCUUCCAGCUACACAGAAAAAUAUAAGUACAUGGACAACCCACCUUAAUGACAGUCACCAGCAGCUCAUGGUCCACUGGGUAGGAGAAGGGUCAAAUGUCAUCAUUUGUCUUGCCCGGGAUUCUGUGCCCAGGCCAAAGGGAGGAAUCUCACCAUCAGCACUCUUCAUAUCUUAUGAUUAUGGCAAGAAUUUCACCAACAAAACAGAAAGCUUCCGACUGGGAGACAGUCCUGACAGUGGAUAUGCCCAGCUGGAUAAGUUCUUCAAUCACCCCAAGUAUCCUGAGUUUUGUGUGUUUGUCGACUCAACGAAUAAGAAGCUGUACUACACUAGCGACAAUGGGCGCAACAUCCAUCGGACUGACCUAACAUUCCACCCGAACGAGCUGGCUUUUGACGAGGAGUUGCCAGACCGAUAUGUUAUCCUGGAUAAAGUUGGCCCUAACAGGAUGCUAUAUCUCACGCUGGACGGCGGGAAAUCGUUCAAGAUGAUCCAAAACUACGUCAAGUCGUUCUCCUGGUCAUCAGGACCAGGGUUCUCGAAGGUGUUCUAUGUGGAGAGGUGGAAGCCAGAUGGCACCAGCACCGUGUUCCGGGCUAAUGACCCCGCUGACUUGGGCAAUGCCAAUGUGCUCUUCGAGGAAGCUAAGGAUUUCCAAAUCAAAGGAGAUUUCAUGUUCGCCACUAAGGAGUCUAAAGAGCGGAAUACACUGCACUUGUACAUAUCUCACCAGCGUGGGCCAUUCUACAAAGCGGAGUUCCAGACAGAACUCCACCUGAGGAAGUUCCACAUAGCAGACGUGACAGACAAACGUAUAUUCAUCUCUGUUAUGCACACAGACACGCUGGCACAUCUGUAUGUGUCCGAGAUAAACAACGAUUUCACACAGUACAACUUUGUGUUGAGUUUGGAAAAGAUUUUGUGCUACUUCCCAGAAGGAAAUUGGAAAAACAGCUGGUUGGAAGAUGUCACUGAAGAUCCAUUCACCGAUCUGUACCGAGUGGAAGGGCUGAAAGGCAUCUACAUCGCCUCCAAGGUGGGCCCUAAAGACGUGGAGCGAACCAUCGGACCUGAACACCUGGUUUCCGUGAUCACUUUUGACCAUGGUGUCACGUGGUCACCUAUCAAUCCGCCUACUGAGGAUGAAAAUGGAAAACCUCUGAACUGCGACGUAAACUACCAAUGCAGCUUACACUUGUGCCAGAAGUUCAGUCAACUGUAUCCAGUAACAAGCAGUCCUGGAACAGUGAUAGCGGAUGGUGUAAGAUCUGCCAGCAUUAUGAGUUCAAAGUCCGCGCCAGGUAUAAUAAUGGCGACAGGUGUCAUGGGCAAAUCCCUUAAAGGGAUUCCCGGGGUGUACCUCAGUAGGGACGCUGGCCUUACCUGGAAGAAGAUCCUUAAAGACUACUAUUUCUUCAACUACGGAGACCACGGCGGUGUAUUAGUGGCCGUCAAAUACUUUAAAUCUAGAGGCGAAACAAGAAGAAUCCUUUAUUCGACUAAUGAAGGCAUUGAAUGGAACUCUUAUCAGUUCAACGCCGAUGACCUUCGGAUAUACGGGCUGAUGACCGAGCCCGGAGAGAAUACUACGACAUUCACUAUGUUCGGAUCGGCCAACGACCAGCACCAGUGGAUAAUCAUAACAAUAGACUUGAGAAACACUUUUGAGCGUAACUGUACCGCGGACGAUUACAAAUUCUGGACGCCAUCAGCGAAUUCAUCGGUGUCAUGUGUACUAGGUGUUAGAGAAACGUUCCAACGUCGUAUCGUCCAUUCGAAUUGCUACAACGGGAUCGAUAACAACCGCCCGGUCAGCAAGGAAGUCUGCGAAUGCAGUAGACGCGAUUACGAAUGCGAUUUCGGAUUCAAGCGUUCUGGUGUCGAAUGCGUCUUUAACAAGUCUUCGAACUUUGAUCCUUAUGCCAUCCCUGCUGAUUGCCGUCCCGGAAAAACUUACAAGCUUACUAAAGGUUACAGAAAAAUAGAUGGCGACACUUGCUACGCUACUCCUUACGUUCCGUACGCUCCCGACAACGUCCCGUGCCCUAUGGCUGAGCCCACUGAAUUCCUUAUCGUCGCUUUGAGAGACAAAGUGGCUCGUAUAGAUUUGAUGGAUAAUUCCACUGUCAUUCCAGUAACGGACCAAAAAAAUAUUGUCGCCAUAGAAUUUGACAUGAAAAACAACUGUUUAUAUUGGGCUGAUAUAGAUUUAGAUAGAAUCUGCCGUCAAUGUUUCAACAACGGAUCUGCCUUGGAGGUUAUUGUCGAUACGGACUUAGCAAGCAUCGAAGGAAUGGCCCUAGACUGGAUAUCAAAUGUGUUGUUCUUUGUAGACGGCACGAGAAAGAAAAUUGAGGCGAUUAGAACAGAUCUCAUUAACGAGGGUAGGAUGCGAGUUACGAUUUUAGAUCAGAAAGCUUUGUCGAAACCGAGGGGCAUAGCAGUCCACCCUAAGGCUGGUUAUCUGUUUUGGACCGACUGGGACAGAAGUAAUCCUUCGGUAUCUAGAUCAAACUUGGACGGCAAAAAUGUAAAGAAACUAUUUACUAAGCCUAUAGUGCAAUGGCCUAAUGGGAUCACCAUUGAUCAGAUGUCUGAAAGAAUUUACUGGGUCGAUGCGAUGGAGGACUACAUAGCCAGCGCGGACAUUGAUGGUCAGCACUUCAAGAGAAUUCUGUGGAACGACGAAAGGGUUUCCCAUCCAUUCGCUGUAGCUGUUCUGAAAGAUAAAAUGUACUGGGACGACUGGAAAGCGAGGUCUAUUUUCAGUGCGGAUAAAAACGUUGGUUUGGAUGUUUAUACGAUCAACAAUUCUUUCACUGGUCUGAUGGAUAUGAAAGUGUUCGCUCACUUUGUGCAACAAGGUAGUAACCCUUGCAGCGGUAACGACCAUCACUGCGAUUCUCUAUGCCUGGGCGGUCCGAAGGGGACUUUCAGUUGUCUAUGCCCAGAUGGCUUUACGAUGACAAAUGGAAAGUGCAUGUGUCCAUUCGGUGAGGAACCUUCGGCGAACAUGACGUGUCCAAAACAACCAGGAGAUAAGUGUGGACCGAAUGAGUUUGCGUGCAAGACCGGCCAAUGCAUCGUAUCUAUGUGGCGCUGUGACGGCAACAACGACUGUGGGGACAUGUCCGAUGAACUCGGCUGCUUCUGCUCGCCUCCCAUGAUCGCCUGUGACGAUGCCCAGUGUUACUUCCCGCAUUGGAAGUGCGACGGCGAUUAUGACUGUAAAGAUAUGAGCGAUGAGAAAGAUUGCCUUCAACACAACUGCACCGCGAAUCAGUUCCAAUGCGACAACGGUCAGUGUAUCGAGAAGAAAUGGAUGUGUGACGGCGACAACGAUUGCAAAGAUGGCUCCGACGAACGUAACUGCAGUGCAAUUGAAACAAAACCGUUCAACACUGGCAGUGUAAACUGCAUGGCGGAUACAUUCCGUUGCGGCAACAUCUGCAUACCUAACUCCUGGGUUUGUGAUGGAGAAAGAGAUUGCACUGAUGGAGAAGACGAGGUCGAUGAUAAAUGCAAGCAUUCUACGUGUGCGCCGUAUAUGUUCAGAUGUCCUAGUGGGAAGUGCAUCUUCAAGUCUUGGGUAUGCGACGACGAGAACGACUGCGGCGACGCGGAGGCGUCCGACGAAAAAGGUUGCAACGGCACAAACAACAACUCGAAACUCCUUCCGCACCCGACCACAGAGAAGCUAGACUUCCAUUUGAACAAUGGAACGUGUCUUGAUUGGAUGUUCAAAUGCGCCAAUGGGAACUGCCUGCCGUAUUGGUGGCGGUGUGAUGGGGUGGGCGAUUGUAGCGACCAUUCGGAUGAAAUUGGAUGUGACUUUGUUACCCCCACUACGAGUACACCGGCGCCUAAACCAGCGCCUGGGAAGUGUGGCCGGAGUCAGUUCACUUGUUCUGAUGGUACGUGCAUCCCGCUGCAGUGGGUGUGCGACAGCAUGUCCGACUGCGCGGACGGCGGCGACGAGAGCAGCUGCGCGCGGCGCCGGCCUCGCCCGCGGCCCGCCGUCUGCGCCGCCGACGCCGCGCCCUGCGCCGACGGCCGCGGCUGCGUGCGCGACCACCAGCUGUGCGACGGCGUGCCGCACUGCGCCGACGGCAGCGACGAGGCUCACUGCACGCCUGUACAUCAUACUCCCACCGAAUGCGCUGACGACCAGUUCUCAUGCGAUGAAGGCACGCAAUGUAUAGCUCGUGCGUACGUCUGUAAUGGCAGGGAGGAUUGUUACGACGGCACUGAUGAGGUCAACUGUACUAGCUCGGUCACUGACCCUACGCACGCCUAUCAGUUCCUAAGCAUCGGCGUGGACCAAUCAUCGAUCAACGCCACCAGUUUCCUGAUCUCGUGCUGGAUGGCGCAGCAGAAGAUGGUGCUGUACAGCUUCCUGCCUUCCAUCGCGAAGGUCUCCGACGGCGUGUGGACCAACAUGACCUGGACCCACGACAGCGUCUACAGGUUUACGGGUUUGGAGCCGUACACAAACUAUAACGUGACAUUCUACAUACAAGACAGCAAGUCCAACCGCACUUACCCGUCUAACAAGUAUGUCAACACGACCACUGGUGAAGGAGUGCCCUCCCCCCCGGUCCACCUAACAGUCCGCCAGUUGGUGGGCAGUCGAGUCCUAGUAAUCUUCGACAAGCCGACAGAACCCAACGGCAUCAUACAAUCCUACACGCUGUACUUCGCGCCGCCUCUGCCGCCGAUAUCAACUAUUAUAAUGGCUAAUAAUAGUGACACCAUCACGCAGACGCUCAGGGGAUUCUUCAAGCCGGAUAGGAAGUACUCUUUCUGGGUAACGGCGACCAAUCACGUGUACACAUCCAAAUCGUCCGAAGUGGCCUACCUGACGUUCGACGACGGCGGUGACGUCGACGACUUGGUCAACGUCAGUAUGUCGCACGUCAACGAAUCUUCGGUCUAUUUGGAGUGGCACAAGAUCAGGGGGGUCGAGGGGUACUCUGUGCAAGUUCGUUUGCCGUUACUCUAUGCGAAGAGAGAGGAGAUUACAACGAAAUAUAAUAAUAUCACACUGAGCAACCUUCCUCUGGGCGUGGACAUGGCGAUCGACAUCCGCGCCUUCAAAGACAAGAUAUACGGCGAGCCAUUCACGAUCCCGCUGCGCAAGCCGGGCAUUCCGGACGAACAACUCAACUUGACCGCGAUACUGCUCAAGGAGAAAGGCACGUCUGUGCACUUGCAGUGGAAACCGCCCACUGCGGAUAGGUACAAGAAUAGGACGCUGCAGUAUGAACUGCAUUACACUAACGCUAUGAAACCUGGUGAACUGGUUAAUGAUAAGAAAAUAAUAACCAAUCUGACGAACGCCACAGUGGAGGGGCUCAAUGCGUGCGAGAACUACGUGUUCGCUGUGGGAAUCCUCGGCGGGCCGCUGUCCAAAUUUGUGGAGAUGGUCACCAGAGAAAACCCCAAAGCUCCUGUGAAGAAACUGCGCGCACAAUUCACCGAGGAACAGUCAAGAUUGGACAUUUACUGGGACGCUAACUGCGACGUGCUACGUGAACCUAUUACUUACAAGUUGGAGAUAACAGAAGAGACGCGCCACAAGACGAGCCGCUACGAGCUGCAGCCCAGUUCAAACGUUUCGCUUCAACACACCAUCGUCAACUUGCCGCCUGGAGGACGUUAUAAUAUCUGUGUUAGCACGGAGGUAGCAGAUUCAUCUAAGUCAUGUGUGAGCUCCCGCAGCGUCCGCAUCCCGGCGCCGCGCAGCCUGCUGGCCUUCCAUCCGUCCUCCGGCCACGUGGUGGUGGCCUGGACUCCCCUCCCCGACCAGAACAAAUUCAAAUACCAAGUGAUAGUGUCCAGAAAGGAGAUCCCAGACGACCUGGUGCACACGAACGAAGAUAUGACGGUGAUAACGUCGGACACCUCGCCGGUGCUGGUCCCCGUGCCCGACGACAUUGACGGGCCCCUGUAUGUGGGUAUGCGUGCUGUAUCGCCUGAGGGGUACUACAGCGACAUUACUGAAGUACACGCCAUACCUAUGCAAGCGUCAGACUUCGCGGAUCAAGAGCCCACGAGCAGCAGCGCCACGGCGUGGUGGGUGAGCGGGGUGUGUGUGGCGACGGCGGCGGGCGCGUGCGCGGCGUUGUAUUGCAGGCGUCGGCGCCGCACGCUGCUGCUGCACACCACGCGCUACGACAGUCGCCGGGGGCAGGCCACCAUACCCGACCACGACGACGACGACGUGCCGCCGAUUCAAGGUUUCUCAGACGACGAGCCGCUGGUCAUCGCCUGAGCUGAAACAAUGUGAUUUAUCAUAAAUCUCUAUCACUGGCGUCUACAAGAUAUGCAAACUUCAUAAAUGGUUCUUUAAUAUAUUAGGAACGUUCAAGAAAAAUAAAAUAAAUCUCAUUGUAAGUUUUCUUUGUCAGGUAAAUCUUUUUAUUUUUACUUUUUUUUAUAUCGUUUAAAUGACAGUGCAGGAUUCACUGGCUGAUUAUAAUUAAACUAUGUUUAAAAAAAGUAAUGACGUUACGAUUCAAGUCUUCGGUACCUGUUUAUUUUAUGCAGUUUGUACAUCCUAUUACGUCUGUGUAAAUAUUUAUGAAUUUAACGUGAUCUUGUCAUUGUGGCUUUUUAUUUUAUCGUUGUAUUUGGUAGUGUUUUCACAUUAUUACACGUGAUAUAAAUUUGAUUUUGUUAAAAUGGAAAGUAUCGAAAACUAAAAGCCAAAAAUGUCAGUCGAUAUCGCGUAGGGUAAUGAGGUAUAAUUUUUAUUAACAUGAUAUGAAGAUGAAAUACCCUGGUUAAUUAUCAUUAUAAAAAUCAUUACCCUCAUAUAUUUUAGUCGGAUCUCAUCUUAGUUCCAUUUAUGCGUUACAGAAAUACAUUUUUUAAGGGUUAUUAUAGAAACACUCAGUUAAAUGAUAUGUUAUUUUUUUUAAUAAUACAACGAGAAAUAAAUUUAUUCGUUCAAGAGAAAUGUAGGCAUGUACUAUGCCCACAGUAUUAUUACGUUAAAAAGUAUGUGUAUAGAUUAUAUAGUAAUUUCCUGUGUUUUUUUUUCUCUAAUCAAUUUAUUUGCUUACAUGGUAGCAUACACAUAAAAAUAUAAUUUCUUAACGAAUUUUAGUCUUUUCAAAAAAAUAAUGACUUUUGCUUCAAAAUAUUUCUGUUUUCGAUUGUUUUUCUAAUUUGUCAAAUGUAAUAUUUUUUUAAAAGUAAAUAGUGUAUAAGACGCGGGCGAAAAAUUGUGGGGAGUGGAACACAGGGCCAACUGGCUGUAAAUCGUAAGACUUGUUAUAAUGUUAUGUUUUUUACUUUAUUUCGCUUGCUCACUCGUUAUAAGUAAAUAAUGACCAUAACUAUCUCAUCGUUGGGUUUCGACGCCAAAGAUAAUAAUUUGCAUAAGUACAAUUAUUUACUAAAUCUUAAGUCGGAAACUUCAUAUUUCGUGUUGUAGAUCUCUACAUUCCCAUUGUAUUUGUGAGAAGUAUUUUUAAGAAUUAGUUCCUAUAGGUAACAUGUUUAGUUCCGCGUCAUUCGACUGCUUAACAUAAAAGUCAUUACGUAUUAUUUUUUAAAUUAAUUAUCGUUAUAAAACAGGAACGUGCAUACGAAAUUAUAAAAUAUGAGAAUAAAUUAUACUUGUAAAAAUGUAAAA